AUGAAUACCGCACGAGCGCAACGCACAGCAUCUGUAUUAAAAAAUGGAAAUGUGUUAGUUACUGGAGGACGUACUCAUCAACAUGAUUUGCUAAGUAGUGCUGAAUUCUAUGAUCCAUCAACAGGAACAUGGACAACUGCUGGUAGCAUGAAUAGCCAACGAGUGGAGCACACAGCAUCCGUAUUAACAAACGGAAAAGUGUUAGUUACUGGAGGACACACUCAUCGAUAUGAUUUGCUAAGUAGCGUCGAAUUGUAUGAUCCAUCAGCGGGAACAUGGACAGCUACUGGUAGCAUGAAUAGCCAACGAGAGAAGCACACAGAAUCCGUAUUAACAAAUGGAAAAGCGUUAGAUACUGUUGGACGACCAAAUGUUAGUGUGUUUUGA